AUGUUGAGAUCAAUAUCUUUCAAAAACACAUUGAGAUAUGUGAGACCUCAAGGAUACAUAAGUGUAGUACCGCUUACAAAUUAUUCAACUACAACAGCUACAAAGGCAACCACAUCUAAGAAAUUUGAAACUACCCCAGAUGCCUCUGAUGAUUCACAUACAGGACAAUUUGUUAAAACAGUAUCAGAACCCUACACAGUCACAACAUAUGCACGUCCAAAGCUAGUAUUGACGCACGGAAAAGGAUCUUACAUUUAUGACUUGGAGAAUCGUAAAUAUGUUGAUUUCACAGCAGGUAUAGCAGUUACAUGUUUAGGUCAUUCUAAUGAGUCAAUUACAAAAAUUUUACAAGAUCAAUCCACAAAAUUGUUACAUUGUUCUAAUUUAUAUUAUAACUUACCGGCUGGAGAACUUGCGAAUAAGUUAGUAACCAAAACAAAAGAAUUUGAUGGCUUGCAUGAUGCUUCAAGAGUGUUUUUAUGUAAUUCUGGUACAGAAGCUAAUGAAGCCGCUAUGAAAUUUGCAAGAAAAUACGGAAAGACUCAUGGAGGUGAUGAAAAAACAGAAUUUAUUACUUUUGAAAAUUCAUUUCAUGGUAGAUCCAUGGGUGCAUUAUCAUUAACUCCAAAUCCAAAAUAUCAACAACCUUUUGCUCCAUUAAUUCCGGGUGUUAAUGUCGCUAUACCAAAUGAUAUAGAGAGUGUUAAACAAUUGAUAUCGAAAGAUAAAACUUGUGCUGUGAUUAUAGAGCCAAUACAAGGUGAAGGUGGUGUAAACACAAUCGACGAAUCUUUCUUGGUUGAGUUGAGAAAAUUAUGUGAUGAAAAUAAUGCUUUGCUAAUCUAUGAUGAAAUACAAUGUGGAUUAGGUAGAUCAGGAAAACUAUGGGCUCAUUCACAUUUAUCAAAAGAAGCUCAUCCAGAUAUUGUUACAAUGGCUAAAGCACUAGGUAAUGGAUUCCCAAUUGGUGCUACUAUGAUUACCGAUAAAGUUGAACAAGUUUUAUCAGUAGGGGAUCAUGGAACUACAUAUGGUGGUAAUCCAUUGGGUGCAAGAAUUGGAUCAUUCGUAGUUGAUGAAAUUGCAAAUGAACAAUUUUUAACAAAAGUUAACGAAAAAUCAAAAAAAUUUAUUACUAAAUUGAAUGAAAUUGCUGACUCACACUCAGAUAAGAUUAUAAAAGUUAAAGGAAAAGGGUUGUUACUUGGUUUACAAUUUAAAGAAGGAGUUGAUAUUAAUAAAAUUGUAACAAAAUGUAGAGAAAAUGGUUUAUUGAUAAUAACUGCUGGUAUGAAUACAAUCAGAUUGGUACCUGCUUUGAACAUACCCGAUGAAGUGAUAGAUGAAGGGUUAAGUAUCUUAGAACAUUGUAUAGAUUGA